GGCCUGAAUAUUUGUAAAGUGAGAGAGAAGAGAGAGAAAGGGUAAAGGGUGGUGAAAGACUGAAAAAGAAAAAGGGAGAGGGACUGAAAACUCUGAAAGAACAGAGAGAGAGAGAGAGUGGGAAGAGAGUGUUUGUUAAUGUGAAGAAUCAUGUUCAUCAUCAUCUCUAAAUUCCAAUUCUACCUCCAUUGAUAAUACUCCAUAAUAUAAUAAUGCUUCCUCUCAAGCUCUUGAUCUUCUUUCUCUCUUCUUGCUCCCUCUGCCUCUCCUACGAGCCUCGCAACCAUGAAGUGGAGGCUUUGAUAAGCUUAAGGGUAGGUUUGAAUGAUCCGCAUGGGGUGUUAAACAACUGGGAUGAGGACUCAGUGGACCCUUGUAGCUGGGCUAUGAUCACCUGCUCCCCUGAUAAUCUCGUCAUUGGCCUGGGAGCUCCAAGUCAGUCUCUCUCUGGAACUCUGUCUGGGGCUAUUGCAAAUCUCACUAAUCUUCGACAAGUGUUGCUGCAGAACAACAAUAUAUGUGGGAAACUUCCCUCAGAGCUGGGUACGCUGCCCAAGCUUCAAACCUUGGAUCUCUCCAACAACCGAUUUUCGGGUCUUGUCCCCGACUCUCUGGCUCACUUGAACACUCUCCAAUACCUGAGGCUGAACAACAAUAGCUUGUCUGGGCCUUUUCCCGUGUCUUUAGCCAAAAUCCCCGGCCUUGCUUUCUUGGACUUGUCUUAUAACAAUCUCAGUGGUCCAAUACCCAAAUUCCCAGCCAGAACUUUUAAUGUUGUGGGGAAUCCGCUAAUUUGCGCAAGCAGCUCCACUGAAGGAUGCUCUGGAUCAGCUACCCCCGUCCCUCUUUCAUUAUCUCUCAAAACAUCACCUAGAAAACAUAACUCCAAGACUGUAGCAAUUGCACUCGGGUUCAGCCUCAGUUGUGUGCUUGUCAUAGUCUUAUUGCUUGGAAUGCUCUGGCACAGGAAGAAUCAAAAAACCCAAUCCAUUUUGAACAUCAAUGACAUUCAAGAAGAGGGGAUUGUGAGCUUGGGCAACCUCAGAAGCUUUACUUUCAAACAACUUCAACUCGCAACAGACAAUUUUAGCUCCAAACACAUACUUGGGGCUGGAGGUUUUGGCAAUGUCUACAAGGGAAAGCUACCAGAUGGGACUAUGGUGGCAGUGAAACGUCUCAAGGAUGUCACAGGAACAGCUGGGGAAUCACAAUUUCGGACUGAAUUGGAGAUGAUAAGCCUAGCAGUGCAUCGCAAUUUGCUUCGGCUGAUUGGAUUUUGUGCUACCUUUAGCGAGAGGCUUCUGGUGUACCCUUACAUGUCUAAUGGCAGUGUAGCCGCCAGGCUCAGAGGAAAACCAGCACUAGACUGGAACACAAGGAAGAGGAUUGCAAUUGGAGCUGCAAGAGGCCUUCUGUAUCUACACGAGCAAUGCGAUCCAAAGAUUAUACACAGGGAUGUAAAGGCUGCAAAUGUGCUCCUGGAUGACUACUGUGAGGCUAUUGUUGGCGAUUUUGGUCUUGCGAAGCUCCUUGACCAUGCUGACUCUCAUGUCACCACUGCUGUUCGUGGCACUGUUGGGCAUAUUGCACCUGAAUACCUUUCCACUGGUCAAUCAUCUGAAAAAACUGAUGUUUUUGGAUUUGGAAUUCUCUUGAUAGAGCUCAUAACUGGAAUGAGAGCUCUUGAGUUUGGGAAAACAGUUAAUCAGAAAGGAGCCAUUCUUGAGUGGGUGAAGAAAAUACAGCAAGAAAAGAAGGUGGAAAUUUUGGUAGACAGAGAGCUGGGAAACAAUUACGACCAGAUUGAGGUGGGGGAAAUGCUGCAAGUGGCUCUCCUGUGCACUCAGUACCUACCAGCCCACCGCCCCAAGAUGUCAGAAGUGGUGAGGAUGCUCGAAGGCGAUGGGCUAGCGGAGAAGUGGGCAGCAUCACAUAAUCAAAGUAAUUCCAGCAUGGAUCUCUUUCAGAGUCACAACUGUAACAAAAGCAGCACUCACGCUGAUGGCAUUCAUUCAAAACACGAUGGAAAUGAACGAGAUCGCAGAAGCAUGUUCAGCGCUUGGAUAGACGAGGAUGAGGAUGAGCAUUCUUUGGAUUCCUAUGCCAUGGAACUCUCUGGUCCAAGAUAGAAGAAACAAUAUACAGUUUUUUUUAGUUUUUUUUUUGUUUCAUGCAUUCUUUAAAACUAAAAUAGCUGGUUCUGUCCGUGUGAGACCAACUUUCUAACUCUAGCUGUGAGUUCUGUAAAUAUGCCGUUUUAUUGCUGGAUUUUUCUUCAA